CAGAGAAUUCAGUCUCUUUCUCCGUCGACAGCUAACAAUGAGGAACGAGUAGGAAAUUGUCAUUACCAGGCUACGGUCAGGAGGAUUUAAUACUGUUGGAGAGGGUGUGUGUCAGCGAAAAAGAAAAGGAAUUUACAGGGGGGGGUGUAGGCUUAAUUGUUUGUGUGUGUGUGUGUGAGACAGACAGAGCCAAACACACACAGACAGACAACACACUUCGCCCUGCGAGAUAUUCCACCCAGCUCGCGGGAUCACUGGAGGAAGAUGAGCGACAGAGGGACGAGAGUUUUUAAGAAGUCAAGCCCAAACGGAAAGCUUACCGUGUACCUGGGGAAGAGGGACUUUGUAGACCACGUGGACUUCGUGGAGCCAGUGGACGGUGUUGUGUUGGUUGAUCCGGAAUACCUUAAGGAAAGGAAAGUGUUUGUGACUUUGACCUGUGCCUUCCGCUAUGGCCGAGAGGAUCUGGACGUGCUGGGACUGACCUUCCGGAAGGAUCUCUUUGUGGCCAACGUCCAAGCCUUCCCACCUGUGGCAGAGGAGAAGAAGCCCCUGACCCGGCUUCAAGAGCGUCUGAUGAAGAAGCUGGGAGAACAUGGUUACCCCUUCAUAUUUGAGAUCCCUCCUAACCUGCCCUGUUCAGUUACCCUGCAGCCAGGGCCCGAGGAGACAGGAAAGGCUUGUGGCGUCGAUUUUGAGGUGAAAACCUUCUGUUCUGACAACCUGGAGGAGCGAAUCCACAAACGGAACUCAGUGAGGUUGGUGAUACGCAAGGUACAGUAUGCUCCAGAGAAGCCCGGACCCCAACCCACGGCCGAGACCACCCGCCAGUUCCUCAUGUCAGACAAACCCCUCCACCUAGAGGCAUCGCUGGACAAGGAGAUUUAUUAUCAUGGAGAACCGAUAAAUGUGAAUGUUCACGUGACCAACAACACAAACAAAACUGUCAAGAAACUCAAGAUCGCAGUCCGUCAAUACGCUGACAUCUGCCUCUUCAACACGGCUCAGUACAAGUGCCCCGUUGCCACAGCUGAAGCUGAUGACAUUGUAGCCCCCAGCUCCACCUUCUGCAAAGUGUACACCUUGACGCCUUACCUGGCCAAUAACCGAGAGAAGCGUGGCCUUGCGCUGGACGGCAAGCUGAAACACGAGGACACCAACUUGGCCUCCAGCACCUUACUUAGAGAUGGAGCCAAUAAGGAGAUCCUGGGCAUCAUCGUAUCCUAUAAGGUCAAGGUGAAGCUGGUGGUUUCGCGGGGAGGCAUCUUGGGAGACCUUGCCACAAGUGACGUGGUUGUGGAGCUUCCUUUCACCCUGAUGCAUGCCAAACCAGACGACGAGACACUUAGCAGAGAAGCUACUGAGAACGAGUCUCCCAUCGACACCAACCUGAUCGAGUUUGACACCAAUGACGAUGACAUUGUCUUCGAGGACUUUGCCCGGCAGAGGUUGAAGGGCCUGAAAGACGAGAGCGGUGACAAUGAAGAUGGAGCGAAUUCACCCCAACACGAUGACCGGUGAAACUGCCCCACCCACCACCCCGGCCUCGAUCCAUGGUCGCACCCACUACACGAAAAGCUGCCGUUGUUUGUAGUUCCUCUUCUUGUAAUAUUUUAAAGAGAAAGUACUCUGGAUGGCCUUGAGCCCAGAGCUCUUGGACUGUGAAUUGAAGAUUGGUGCAGGAGUGAUACCGGUUUCUUCCCAGCCUCCUCUGCCUUUGGCAGUGUCAGUUCACUUCCCUCUAGGGUUUCCAGACCAUUCAGGAAUUUCCAGGACAAUGCUUUGAGUGAAACAGAAAGAAAAAUUCAAAAUACUGCAGAUGCAUGCAUUCUGAAUAUGCUGGAAAUUCUCAGUGGGCUUGGCAGUGUCGUUGGAGAGAGAAACGGUUAAUGUUUCAGGACAGAGACCAUUUGUUAGACCUGCUGAGUGCUUCCAACAUUUUCUAUGGUUAUCCUGAGAGCUUAGCACCUGGAAGUGGGAAACAUAAUGGUCUUUGGUAAAUGGUCUUGUUGCCUACAGGUUAAUAACAGAGGUUGGUAGGGUGGAGGAUGAAAUCUCAAGUAGUUUGUGAACCUGGAGAUCCCAUCAAAACCCAAUCCAAUCCAACACAGCUCUACAUAUUCCAAGUGAUUCCUACACAACCUAUCUCAAAACAAUCCCAUUUGAAGCAACUACAAUCUAUUUCAACUCAGUUCAAAGCAACCCCAGAUAUCCAGAAUCAAUUCAGCCCAUCCCCGCCCACUCUAAUCACAUUCAGAGUCAUUUAUAGAUCACAUAGAACAGUACAGUACGGUACUGCAACAGGGCACUCGGCCCACAAUGUUGUGCUGAACCAGCUAAAAAGUAAAUUAAAAAAACAAAACUCUAAUCCUUCCUACCUACACCAUAUCCAUAUCCCUUCAUCCAUGUGCCCAUCCAAACGUCUCUUAAAAGUCUGUAACGUAUUUGCCUCUACCUCCAUAGCAGGCAGCGCAUUCUAGGCAUCUACCACUCUCUGGGUAAAAUGCAAGGGGGAAACUGGACAGUAGAUUCAGAUCCAGAUGUGUAUGUCAAAACAGACAGUGAAAUGUGUAAUAACAUCUCCUCAGUCUUCAGCAGAAUGACAACCUUUCCCAUCCUUCCACCCACUCAGGUACACAGACAGGCCUCCAACUCCAGUACCGGCUGCCCCCAGGCCUCUAAUCUCCAGUCCCUGGCCCAGACUCACAGAUACCAGGCCUCUGACUCCAGACAUGUGACCCAGGAACUUCAACCUUCAGCCUUGACCUCCAGACUUGCUGUCUUCAGUCUUCAAUUACCGCACUUAGCAACCUCUGUGUAUCGCCCCCAGGAAUUCCCAGUCACGAGUCUGUGACUGGCAAGCCUGGACCUCCGACCCCAGGUCCUACUGACCUUGGGGGAGAGAGGGGUCAUUGGCCCUCGUGCCUCCCGCUUGCUCGGACCUCUGGUGCUGGGAUUUGCCAAUCUCAGUGGCAUCACCAGCCCUGGUCCCCGGGGCCCUAACUAAGGGGAUCAUUAGUCUCCGUCCUUGGGCUUCAACUGUGGAGUGUUCUGACCUGGACUCCGACCAGCAUCUCCUGACCCUGAAAAUUCAUUGACUGCCCUGACCUCUAACUUCCCACAUCCCUAUCCCCCGAACCCUAACCUGUGUCAUGGUGUGCGCUGACAGACGACUGAACCCAGGUGCAGAGGAACGACAGACUCCCAUGUAGAGACAGAAACAAUCGAUUAUUCGUAGGUAUUCCAACAGGUCAGUGGCUUGACCGAGCAACACUGCAAGGUGAAUCAUUCUCAAAACACAAGGAUCCCACAAUAAGUGCUAAUCAGGAGAUCACUUUAAAUAAUCACAGUACGCAGAAAACCCGUGCCAGUCACAAUAAACUGGACAAGAUUAAGCAGUGAGCACCAGGGUUCAACAAUGCUAGAUAAGACAACAAUUAACAAAUGCAGGUGCUCAGGCUCACAAGCUCAUGACAGCCUGGACCCCGAUUCUCUUCUCAGUCCCCCCAAAACUACCCUUAUGAACCUAAAAAACAACCAUGAUGAGCCUCAUGGUUCAGUGCCAUCCUAACCAGAAGAUGAUCCCUCCAGCCCAUUUCAAUGUAACCCAACCCAAUGCAGAUAAACCCCACACUUCUAAAAUAGUCCAAUUCAACCCGUCCAAACUCAGAUUCAGAUUCCCAGUGAAAUGUGUCAUUUGCCUUAACAGCCAACACAGAGUGAGGAUGAGCUGGGGGCAGCCCACAAGUGUUGCCACACAUUCUGGUGCCAAUAUAGCAUGCCCACCAUGUUCAGCAAAACUCGCUGCAUUUCAAUCCAGUCCACCCUACCGGUCCCAAUAACCCAUGCCCAACAACCCAGAGAAGACACACAAGGCUGUCAACGCUGGAGGGUGAAGCGACAGAUAGUCUGCUGGAGGCACUCAGUGGGUUGACCAGCAUCUGUAGGGGGGAAAGUAACUGUCGAUGUUUCAGGCUGAGGUUUGAUUCAUCCAUGUGACCCAAAACGUCAACAAUUCCUUCCCUACCACUGCUGCCACUUGAGCCGUUGACUUCCUCCAGUUUCUCUCAGUUCCAUCCCAUCCAACCCGUUGAGACCCUCCGCAAGUCAGGGUCGCCCAUGGAUGUUGUGUCCAAGCUGUCUGAGUGAUAAGCCACAUCUGCCUGGAGUUGCCACCGCACCAUCCAUCCUACUCCCGUCCAGUCCAGCUCAAAUGCAACACAAACCAGUUUGAUCCACCUGUCGUCAAUGGAUCGUAGAGUUGUUGAACGAGUCAACCCACUGACAAUAAGUUCCAAAGUCAGCUGGUGAUGAAUCGCAUCCAUUAACAUUGGGGGACAAUAACUAUAUGGUACUAGGUGUCAUCUUCUUCCUUUUCACCUCGACAUGAAAUCAGAUAUUUCAGAGUGAGCUCAUCGUUAUGUUUCACACCUCUGUCUGGACAGAUUCCUGGAGGUUACCACACAAUAUUUGUGAGGGAAUUUUAUUCUGUAUUUAACUUGUGUGAUUGGCUGGUGUAGAGGGAACUUCACUCUGUAUCUGACCCCAUAAGUGUGUGAUGGGACAGUGUAGAGGGAGCUUCCCUCUGUCUGACCCUGGAAGUGUAUGAUAGGACACUGUGGAGGGAGCUUCACUCUGUGUCUGAGCUUGGCAGUGUGUGAUGGGACAGUGCAGAGGGAACUUUACUCUGUGUUUGACCCCGGAAGUAUGUGUUGGGACAGUGUAGAGGGAUACUAGUCCGUGUCUGACCUGGGGAGUGUGUGAUGGGACAGUAUAGAGAGAUACCAAUCUGUGUCUGACCUGGGGAGUGUGUGAUGGGACAGUGUAGAGGGAUAUCAGUCUGUGUCUGACCGGGGGGAGUGUGUGAUGGGACAAUGUAGAGAGAUACCAGCCUGUGUCUGACCUGGGGAGUGUGUGAUGGGACAGUGUAGAGGGAUAUCAGUCUGUGUCUGACCAGGGGGAGUGUGUGAUGGAACAAUGUAGAGAGAUACCAAUCUGUUUCUGACCCAUGCUCCCUCUGCCGUUGAAGUGUGCGAGACAGGAGAGUCUGGGUUAGGUGUAAAAUUUUGCCAAUUUCCACACCGAUCGAUGUCCAUGAGCAAAAUUUCAAAACUACACUUUAACCUAGGCUUUAACCCUCAGAACCUGGCACCACUCUGUACCAGUCUAAUAUAAUCCUCAAUCUAGUGCCAUCUUUGUCAUUUUGUGACAAGCUUCCUGUUUACCACAGCACUGUGCUAGCUGUUUCUGUGCCGGCAGGAUUGUGCCUCAAGAUAUAAAUCCGUACAAACAUUUAAAGACUGUGCUGAGAGUGAGAUCUGUGUUUGCUCUACCAUCGUUGCUCGUGACAUGCGCAGAAGCAUUCUGGUCAGCAAGGUGGGGUAUACUGUGUUAUCACUCCUUCAGGGUCUCUGUGACUCCAGUCCCAUACUGAAGGCUUCGUGCUUUGGGUGCAAUUGACGGGCAUUCACACGUUUCCACCACGAUCGAUUGACGGAGUCCACUGCCGUGGCUGGGACUGCUGCAUGUAGAAUUGACAGUGAGUGAUUGGCCAUCAAUCAUCCUGAGAAGGCAGGUGUGUACGUACUUAGGGGGGGUGAUGGUGCCACCUUACCGGUGCGAUUGACGGGGGAGGGAGGGAGUGGCACGGCAUCCACUGGCACAGUGUGGACCCUGGGUCCGGGUCCGCCAAACUGCACGAGCUCAAUUCCUUCACCCCAUUAAGGGAGGCCAUUCAGCCAUUGAGUCAGUGAUGGCCUUUUCUCAGAGAGAAAAAAAAAUCCUGUUCUCCCUACAAUUUUCCCUAAUUAACUGAUCACCACCGGAGUUUGCUGUUGGAUCUGGUCCCUCUAUCCAACCAGAUUGUUCAAAAUCUACGUAGAGAGAAAGGACUUGCAACAUCUUCCCCUCUAGCUUUGCCUAUUCAGCCCGCACCACCACCAGAAAGCAUCUCAUCAUCAUCACCAUUAUGUACUGUGUCGCCUAACGUCACCAUUAUGUGUGUGUCAUGUGACAUGGACGAGCAUGGUCUUUGGCCAUGAUUGUUCUUGGCAAUUUUUUCUACAGAAGUGGUUUGCCAUUGCUGUCUUCUGGGCAGUGUCUUUACUAGACGUGAUCGCAGCUAUUAUAAACACUCUUCAGAGAUUGUCUGCCUGGCGUCAGUGGUCGUAUAACCAAGACGUGAUAUGAACCAGCUGCUCAUACGACCAUCCAUCACCUGCUCCCAUGGUUUCAUGUGACCCUGAUUGAGGUAGGGAGUACUAAGCAGGUGCUACACCUCGCCCAAGGGUGACCUGCAGGUUAGCGGAGUGGAGGAGUGUCUUACAACUCCAGUCUGCCACCCAAUGCGGCUAGUAACUCAAUGUAAAUGCCUCAAUUCCAUCUUAUUUUAGUCACUUUUGAUCUGAAGACAUCAAAUUCAGUUCUCCCACCUCUCCUCCACACCACCCCCCCCCCCACCACCACAUGGAUAUGCACCAUAAACACAAGAGACUAUGCAGACGCUGGAUCCAAGGAGUUUCUCCAGCAUUUUGUAUUUACACCCACUGCAGGAUUGGAUUUGGGCAUGACACCAAUUGGCAAAGCCACCAAUUAGAGGUCAGUCAAUGGGGAAAGGAUGCUUCUGAUUGGACAGUGCUGCAUUGUAUCGUUGUUGUCCAUUUUCACUGUUUAUAAGUAGCAAGGGGUUGUAUAAUUUUUGUGAUUUGUGAUCGAUCUAAGGUCAUUUGUGAUAUUGGGUUGGCUGGAGUAGUUCAUCAAGGCAAAGGAAGGGUCUUAGUGAACUGGAAUUGGUUUAUUGUCACAUGGACUCAGAGAUGUUGUAAAGCUUGUCUUGCAUGCUGUUCAUACAGAUCACACAAUGCAUUGAGCUAGAACAAUAACAGAACGCAGAAGAAAGUACAACAGCUUCAGAGAAAGUGCACUGCGGGUAGACAAUAAAGUGCAAGAUCACAGUGAGGUAGAUUGUGAGGUCAAGAGUCCACGUUAUUGCACAGGAAAUCAUUUGACAGCGGGAUAGAAGAAGCUGACCUUGAGCCUGAUGCUAUGUGAGCUCAGGCUUUUGUGUCUUCAACACGGUGGGAGAGAACAGAACAGAGAA